AUCCAAUACCAUUACUACAAAAUCAAAUAGAAGUCUUUGACUCUUCUACUUCGCAGAAACCCAAUAUCGAAAUAUCACCUCUUUCAACUCAAACCUAUGUUCCAGUAGGUGAUUUAAUCCAAUUAGACAAUGCACUCUUAUCACCUAUUCAAAAUAUAUUUUCAGACAAAGUUUCUUUAAAUCUACCCCAAAAUGAUAUAAAAUGGUUUGAUAAUAUAGAAGAUAGAUAUAAUGCAAGCACUGAUGAAAAAUGGUCUGAAUUAGCUAGAUCCUUGUUCUAUGACUAUCCAAAAAAAAUAUCAUAA